AGUAGUAAAAGUUGAGAAACAAAGAAAGAAAGCAGAGAGAGAAAGAAACGGAGAGAGAAACGAAGAAGAGUGCUUGUGCAGGUUCUCACACAUCACAUGGCCUCCGUGCCCUUGGGGCACCACCACUACCAGGCGCCACCACCGGCCGCGCCUCCGCAACCGUCACAACCGCUGCAGUUUCAGGCUCAAGCUGAAGUGCCUCGCCGGAGCUCCGAUAUGGAGACUGAUAAGUUGCAGGCAAUGUCAACUACUGUCAUUGAAGGGAAUGAUGCAGUCACUGGCCACAUUAUCUCCACCACAAUUGGAGGCAAAAAUGGUGAACCUAAACAGACCAUUAGUUAUAUGGCAGAGCGUGUUGUUGGCACUGGAUCUUUUGGAGUUGUUUUCCAGGCAAAGUGCUUGGAGACUGGAGAGGCAGUAGCAAUAAAAAAGGUCUUGCAAGAUAGGCGGUACAAAAAUCGUGAGCUCCAAUUAAUGCGCUUGAUGGAUCACCCAAAUGUAAUUUCCUUGAAGCAUUGUUUCUUCUCCACAACAAGCAGAGAUGAACUUUUUUUGAACUUGGUAAUGGAUUAUGUCCCUGAGACAUUGUACCGAGUUCUAAAGCACUACAAUUCUAUGAAUCAGAGAAUGCCUCUCAUCUAUGUGAAAUUAUAUACAUAUCAAAUCUUUCGGGGAUUAGCAUAUAUCCAUACCGUGCCAGGAGUUUCCCAUAGGGAUGUGAAACCUCAGAAUCUUUUGGUUCAUCCUCUUACUCAUCAAGUUAAGCUUUGUGAUUUCGGGAGUGCCAAAGUUCUGGUCAAGGGUGAAUCAAACAUCGCAUACAUCUGUUCACGUUACUAUCGGGCUCCAGAACUAAUAUUUGGUGCAACAGAAUACACAACUUCUAUCGAUAUCUGGUCAGCUGGUUGUGUCCUUGCCGAACUUCUUCUAGGCCAGCCAUUAUUUCCAGGAGAAAAUCAGGUUGACCAACUUGUGGAAAUUAUUAAGGUUCUUGGUACUCCAACUCGAGAAGAAAUUCGCUGCAUGAACCCGAAUUAUACAGAUUUUAGAUUCCCUCAGAUUAAAGCUCAUCCUUGGCACAAGGUUUUCCACAAGCGAAUGCCUCCUGAAGCAAUUGACCUUGCAUCAAGGCUUCUACAAUAUUCACCUAGUCUUCGCUGCACUGCGCUGGAAGCAUUGACACAUCCUUUCUUUGAUGAGCUUCGUGAGCCAAAUGCCCGACUGCCAAAUGGCCGCCCAUUGCCCCCACUUUUUGACUUUAAACAGGAAUUAGCUGGAGCAUCAUCUGAGCUGGUAAAUAGGCUCAUCCCAGAGCACAUUAGGCGGCAGGCUGGUAUCGGCUUCCCUCAUCCGGCCGGUACAUAGAUGUAAAGAGAUGGAACAUUAAGUCAACAUAUUUAGUGAUCAACGUGAAGCAAUGAACGGGCUGUUUAUGGUCACUAGAACCGGGGGUGGUUCCGGUCUUAUCUCCAGUUUUUCCUACCCCUGUGAAGAUGUACGUAUACAUGUGCUGGCUGCUCGGCAUGACAAGGAAAUUGGUGGUUGUCUAAUAUUUCAUUCUAGUUAAAGCAUACUUAUCCCUGCAUCUGUACAUGGUUUUGGUCAGAUUUUAAAAAAGCUAGGAGUAUAAAUUGAUAGGAAUCAUGUCUGUCUACAUAGGUAGAGGACCCCCCCAAAAUUGAGGGGCCCCAAUAGUAGUUUGGCUUGCUCUUUACAUGAUCAUAUUAUAUGCAGUUGUUCUAAUGGGCUUAUGACAAUAUCUAUUCAAUACCAGUUAUUUUUCCUCAUUA